AGAUAAUGAUGAGCCAUCUCCAUUCGACGAUAAUGCAGCAUGUAACCCAAAAAUCCUACAGCUGGCCUAGGCCCAGUUUAUCAGCACUCUAUUCACCAAGCAGAUAAAUAGAUCGCAGUAUCGCACUAUGUUUUCGCGCUCUGCAAACAAUUGUUUGUCUAUCAAUCAUUUCCUUUCAGAAGAAUCAUCAUUACUCGGUAUCCAAGAUGGCGUCCACCACUACUCAUACUGCACGAUCAAUCCUUGAGUCAUUCUACGAUGCUGAGCGCAUUUACAUGGCUUCGCCACCUGAGGAACGCGACUUUAACGGUAUGGCAGCAAAUCUCUCAAAAGAAGUGCGCCUCAAACAAUCAUCUGGACUACCCUAUGCUGGCGAGUACACUGGACCUGAUGGUUUCCAGCAAUGGGCAAAAGCAAUGGCCGACUACUUUGACAAAGUCGAUGUCCAAAACCCUGAGAUAUUCGAAAAGGAGGGCUCAAACCGCAUCAUAUCGCUCGGUUAUUUGCAUCUUAAGGUGCGCAAGACUGGGGAGGAAUUGAAGUACCCUCUGUGCCAGGUCAUUCAGGUUGAUCUUGAUGCUGGGGUUAUCAAGAGUAUCAUGCCCUUUUAUUGGGAUGUGUACGCUCUUAACAAGGCUAUUGGAUAUACACCAGAGCUGUAG